AUGCUUAGAUCUUUAAAUAUUCUUGUUGCUAAAAUCCUUGCAGUACAUUAUAGAAAUGGUAGAAAAGCUAAAAAUGCUAAUUUAGAUAUAGCAAAUAGUCUUGAAGCUGAACUUUUAUUAACCAAAGAUGCAUGUAUUAUUAUAUUGUUUGAAGAAGAACAAAGACUACUUUUACUUCUUAUAAUAGUUUUUAUAUUCUUUACUAAUUAUAAAGAACCUAUCAUUAGUACCUUAGAGAGUAUAAAAGUUGUUCCAAUUACUAUUAUAGUUCACAAAAGCCAAGGCCUUAUAUUACUAAAAGCUGUAAUAGAUAUCAGCAACAAAAAAUUUACAGCUGGUCUUUCUUUUGUAGCAAUGUCCUGA